AUGGAAUCAUCACCUACUAGCGUAUUAACAUCAGCACCAGUCGAAAUUAGUAACCACAAGAAAAUUGAAUAUCCAUUCUGGUUUGGAGGAGCGGCAUCAUGUAUUGCAUGUACCGUUAGCCAUCCUUUGGACUUAACUAAAGUGAGAUUACAAACAACGCAAGGAUUAAACAAAGCAUCAACAAUUUAUACAAUGAUACGAAUAGUAAAAGAUGAAGGUAUUAGGGGAUUAUAUAGUGGAUUAUCCGCUAGUAUACUAAGACAAGCUACUUAUUCUACAAUGAGAUUUGGUGCUUAUGAAAAGUUAAAGACCGCAAUAUCAAAAAAUCAAGAGCAAUUAUCAUUUCCAAAAAAGAUUUUUUGUGCAUCAAUAUCAGGAUGUAUUGGAGGAGCUUUCGGUAAUCCAGCAGAUUUAGUUAUGGUUCGUAUGCAAAAUGAUGCAAAGCUGCCAUCACAUUUACGUAGAAAUUAUAGACAUGCUUUUGAUGGACUUUAUCGUAUUGUGAAAGAAGAUGGAUUUACAGGUCUUACAAGAGGAAUCGUACCAAAUAUGAAUCGUGCUAUUUUAAUGAAUUCAUCUCAAUUAGCUUCUUAUGAUCAAUUUAAACAAAUGUUACUAUCUACUAAAUUUUUUAAAGAUAAUAUUAUUACUCAUUUUACUUGUAGUGUUUUGGCGGGUUUGGUAGCUACUACUAUUUGUUCACCUGUUGAUGUCAUCAAAACUCGUGUUAUGAAUUCUUCAUCAGAAGCAAAGAGUACUUUAGUAGUUUUAACAACUAUAAUUCGUAAAGAAGGACCUUUAGCAUUAUUUAAAGGAUGGGUACCGGCUUUUGUAAGGUUAGGGCCACAUACCGUUGUUACCUUUAUGGUACUUGAACAGAUUAAGAAUUUAUAUCAUAAAAAGUUGGAUUUAAAUGUUAAAAAACCUGAACCUGCAACCGUUUAA